AUGAAGUUCUUCACCGCCGCCGCCGCCGCUCUCCUUAGCGCCACCGCCCUGGCCGCACCCACUGCUGCCACCGACAAGGAGACGACGACGUACCAGAUCAAGGACUUCACCACCCGCAAAUACGACGGCAAGACCAUCAGCACCUUGUCGUUCCGGAUCCUCGCGACCAACGGCGGCACGCUCGACUUCGAGUGCGUGCCGUACGACCCCGUGACCAAGGGUGCGACCGAGAACUUCGAGAGCGGCAAGGUCUACUUCUGCGGCGAGAACAGCUUCUUCAGCUUCAGCUACACCGACGGCAACGACAUAGACGAGACCAAUGAGCUCUUCCUGUGGCAGGAUAUUGCCGAGAACAACACCAUUGGUGGCAGCGCGUUCCUUGACGAGCCCAUCUGCCGCGCCGGGGGCUCUUCAGCCGACGACCUUGUCUGCCAGGUUCCCGAGCAGGUCUACUUCGCCGUCACCCUCGAGAAGCUCGGUGCUUGA